UCCGUGCCAACCAUGUCCAUCCCCACACCACGCCGCCUUCCCCGCGCCACGAAUUAAUCGCGUCGACCCUCCUGCGCCAUGGCCACCGCGUCUCUGUCCGCCGUCGCGUCGCCGCUGCCCGUCGCCGGGCUGAGGAAGCCGCUCGGAGCCGCGGCGGCAUCGUUCCAGCCCCUGCAGCCGAGGGCGAGGCCGGCAGCCAGGAUGGCCGUGCGGGCGUCGGCGUCCAUGAAGGAGAAGGCCGCGGCCGGGCUGACCGCCGCGGCCGCGGCGGCGGCGCUGGUGCUGCCUGACGUCGCGGAGGCCGCGCAGUCCGGGCUGACGCCGUCGCUCAAGAACUUCCUGCUCAGCAUCGUGUCCGGCGGGGUCGUGCUCGUGGCCAUCGUCGGCGCCGUCGUCGCCGUCUCCAACUUCGACCCCGUCAAGCGGGCCUGAUCAUCGGUCAUUCGUUCGUUAGGAGGCACGUCUCCCCCCUGUACCAUCAUGUACCGAGUGGUAAAUCCUUGUGUGUUAUUUUGGAGAAUGUUCGAACUUAUUUAUGAUACGGAGUUCGAGUUAAACCACCGUUGCUUUUUGUUUAUGCGAUUUUGAUGCUUUGAUGCGUGCAUGCUGUGAGGUUUUAAAAAGGUGUUUGUACUGAUGUUUUACUUUGGAAGUUCUUAUUGGAA